ACUCCAGCUGCAACUAGAUAUUAUUUUUUUAUUCGUCUUCCCGAGUGAUGGAGAGGCGCAGUUCUGCACACAUCGGCCCCGAUCCAUAUCAAGUCGGAUGAGAACAGGGACAAAAAAGCAGGAGGAGGAGGGAUUGUUUGAAGCCGAAGCAAUUGGAAAUAUCUGAGAUUUGAAACUCUACAUUCAUGGCUGAUGAUUCUGCAAAUAAAAAACAACCCUUGCUCUCUGGCUUAGCCGAUCAAAACAUAGGAACUGUUAAGAAAAGAAGAUUUCGCCGCUGUAAAACCACACCUGCUUCUGAUGCUGAUUUCUUUGGCUCAUAUAAAGGUCGUGAGUUGUUUCCCGGUUCUAACUCCAUCUUAAGAAAUUUCCGUCCCAGCUUCAGGCAAGCUUCUCUCCUUUUAAUCAUCUACUUGAUAGUUGGCUGUACUUGCUUCUAUCUUGUGAGGGAUCAAAUUGUUGGUAAAAAAACAAAUGGAAUUCUUGAUGCUUUAUACUUCUGCAUUGUGACAAUGACCACUGUUGGUUAUGGAGAUCUAGUGCCAGAGAGUGUUCCAGCAAAGCUUCUUGCUUGUGCGUUUGUGUUUAGUGGAAUGGCCUUUGUUGCUCUCUUCCUUGGCAAAGCAGCCGAUUACCUUGUAGAGAAGCAGGAGGUGCUAUUAGUCAAAGCAGUACACCUUCGACGAAAGGUCGGCACGCGGCAAAUGAUGAAGGAGAUCGAGGCAAAAAGAGUUGAAUACAAAUUCUUCACCAUUGUUGUGGCUCUUCUGGUGCUAGUAACUUUGGGAACUAUAAUUCUUGUGAAGAUUGAGAAACUAAACAUCAUUGAUGCUUUUUACUGUGUUUGUGCCACCAUCACAACUCUCGGUUAUGGCGAUAAGAGCUUCUCGACGACAUUUGGUCGGGUUUUUGCUGUUUUCUGGAUUCUGACCAGUACCAUUUGUUUAGCUCAGUUCUUUCUGUAUCUCGCGGAAAUACAGAUGGAACACAGGCAACAAACCCUGGUCAAGUGGGUGCUUACGAGAAGGAUGACUGUAGUGGAUCUUGAAGCGGCUGAUUUAGAUGAUGAUGGUGUUGUGAGUGCUGCUGAGUUUGUGAUAUACAAGCUAAAGGAGAUGGGGAAGAUCAACCAAGAAGAUGUUGCUUUAGUUUUGGAGGAGUUUGAGAAUCUUGACGUAGAUCAAUCUGGCACCAUAUCAAAUUCAGAUUUGCUUCUCGCUCAAUCAGUCGAAUAGGUGAGCUGAGCCGAAGAUUUCUUUCUUCCACAGCUUCACAUAAUGUGCAGUGCUUCUAACUUCAUACAGAUAUAAUCUUCUUCCUGCUAUUUGUUUAUUUUACUUUUUUGUUUUGUUGAUGGUUUUCACUGUAUGAAUCAAGGUGAAGAGCCGAGCAGAAUUGUUUAAAGAGUGGUUUCUUUUUGCUUGGCGUUUCAAUGGCGGUCUUAUUUUAGGAUUGGAAGUCUUGUUUAUUAUUUCUGUUUUGCAAAAAAAUUAGUGUUCAAUGAAGUUCAAUAUAUGUAGUUGAUUAUUGUUGUCAUCUACCAA